AUUGAAACACUGCGAUCUCAUGGUUAAUAUCGAUGGCUAUGAACGGAUAUAGUAUGGGUUCAUGCUGGGAAUUUCAACCGUCAGAUCUUCCGACCUGGAUGUUUCUAUUCCCAAAGCGCUCCAAGAUACCUCGACACCCCCGCACAAGAACAAUGUUCUUGGAGCCCGCGACUCGCAGCUCGGAUUUGAGCCCUAGCAAUCCUCCCACCAUUUCUUGUGUCAGCUCCUGUUACUGCGUGUACUACUGCUGAAUCUCUUCCAAGAAGCCGUUGCUUCCAAAAAAACUUGCAAGAAUCCACAGCACUCACACUAAUUUCAUCCUGUCUUCAGUCCAUUUUAACAGUGCUAGUAUGCUUGUAUAAGUCAAGCUCACGCUAAAUUCAUCCUGUCUUCAGUCCAUUUCUAGUAGAGCCGUCUGCGCGCAACUCUAUUCUGAAGACUCCUUUCCUGCUGGCUCUGUACUUAGUUCCUGGAAAUACCAUUUCCGACGCACCAACUAGCUAGUUGAAGCACUUCGGGCAUUUUAGUUCCGACACACAGCCCCAAAGCGCAGCUACUUUGCGAGUUUUGAGUCUUUUUGCUCUGAUUCGGGGCGGGCUCAGCCCUUUGACCGGCACUGCUAGUAGGGAGACUGAAGCAGCGGGGCUCGGGGCGCGCUGCUCCCAGAGGAUGAUGCAGUAUUUACUCCUUCUCACGGCGCUGCUGGCGGCGCCUCUUUUCCCGAACCUCUAUGUGCAAGCUGCAGGGCCCGUCGUACCUAUAGACGCGCUGCAAGGUCCAGUGCUAGCUGCGUGUAGUGGGGCAUGGGGAAUGGCGCCUGCAGGGUGGAGCGGAGGGGGGGACUGCAGCCAAGCGCAAGGGCUGACGUGUGACAGCAAUGGCAUGGUGGUGGCAAUCGACCUGAGCAACACUCCAUUGGAUGGCCGCAUUCCGCAGGAGAUUGGCAGUCUCACCACCCUCACUCUCCUCAACCUCGCCAACUGCUCACUUAGUGGCUACAUUCCCAUCUCCUUCAGUGCUCUGACCUCCCUCUCGCUUCUCGACCUGAGCCACAACAGCCUGUGGGGCACCACGCCAUCUGAACUGGGUCUGCUGAAGAAUCUGAGGCGCCUGGACCUGAGCGGCAGCUCUCUGCAUGGGUCCAUUCCGUCCGGCCUUGGCAUGCUGCCUAAGCUGCGCUUCAUGGACCUCUCGUCUAACUACUUCAAUUCAUCCAUCCCUGUUUCCCUGGGCCGACUCAACACACUCACCGCCCUCGAUUUGAGCAGCAAUAGCUUGGGCGGCCGCGUGCCUUGGAGCAUUGGCCUUCUCACGAGACUCAACGACAUAAACUUGUCCACCAACAGCCUGUCGUCCUCCAUCCCAUCAUCCCUCGGCCUCUUGACCCGACUCACUAGCCUCAAUCUGUCCGGCUGUUCCCUGAUGGGCACUGUUCCUGGCAUGCUGAGCUAUCUCACUGGCCUCUACGCCCUAGACCUUAGCUCCAACGCCUUGAAUGGCACGCUGCCUAAGCUGCGCAAAUACAGCCGCCUCGCCCACCUCGACCUUAGCGCCAACAGCUUCCAGGGCACCGUGUCUGGAGGGGUGGGCAAGCUCUCGCUGCUGCAACACCUCGAUCUGAGCGUCAACCAGCUGAACGGCACUCUGCCCAAAGGCCUUGGUAGAAUCUCCCUCCUCUCCCACCUUGAUCUCAGCAUGAACUCUUUCAACGGCAAUCUGCCUGAAGAUCUCGACCAGCUGACUGCCCUUACAAACCUCAACCUGGCCAGCAACACCAUUAACGGCACCAUCCCGGAUUCUCUGGGCAAUCUCACCAACCUGCGCUCUCUGAAUUUCUCAACGAAUCUGCUAAACGGGUCCAUUCCAGCAUCCUUCGGCGAUUUCUCACACCUUCUCUACUUUGACGUCAGCUACAACGGCCUCAAUGGAUCGCUCCCGGUCUCCUUCAGCAGACUCUCGGCACUCAAGCACCUGCAAGUUGCAAACAACCAGUUGAACCAAACACUUCCUGCCAGCAUCAGCAGUCUGAUCAGCCUCACCAACUUGAACAUCUCUAUCAACUUCAUCAACGGGACUUUCCCAGCGGCCAUUAGCAGCCUCACCAACCUUGUCGCGCUGGACGUUCAUUUCAACAGUAUGAACUGCUCCUUCCCAUCGUAUAUAAGCACCCUCACUAAGCUCACAUGGCUUGACAUGAGCGACAACAAGUUCUGGGGUCCACUUGGAGAAACCAUAGGCACGCUCACUGACCUUGAAUUCCUGAGUGUGGGGUGGAACCCUAACCAUGAAUCAGAGACAUCUAUCACAGGUCCCAUCCCCAGCAGCAUUGGCAACUUGGUCCACCUCAUAUACCUGAACAUGGGCGGCAAUCAAAUCAACAGCAGCAUUCCCAAGACCAUCACAAAGCUGAAGAAGCUCGAGUUCUUCUCCGUAGCGUUCAACAAGAUGAACGUGGAUCUGCCAGACUUUAUGUCAGAGCUGACGGCGCUCACAGAAAUUGCACUGCGCACCAAUCAGUUCACAGGAUCCAUCCCAGGCAACCUUGGCACUCUCUGCCACCUGAAGCGCCUGGAGUUGAGCUACAACCAGUUUAUCGGCACCGUGCCUGCAUCAAUAGGGAACUUGCUCAACCUCACAGAGCUAUGGCUGCGUGACAACAAGCUCAAUGGCACCAUCCUCAGCUCAUUCGGAAAUCUCACAAAACUUGUUGCCUUGGAUCUCAAGAACAACGACAUGAACGGCACCAUCCCUUCAUCCCUGUUCAACCUCACCCGCCUCACUAAGCUUGACUUGAACGCCAACGGAUUCACAGGCCCACUGGUCUCUGACUUUGGGAGAUUCGCCAAUCUUAAAUUUCUAGAUGUGAGCGGCUGCCAGUUCUCAGGGCCCCUCCCAGAAACCCUUGGAAAGCUCACUAACCUGACACAAUUAUGGAUUGCUGACAACUCUUUCAGCGGCUCCGUGCCCGAGGCAUGGAGCAGCCUCACACAGCUUAACAUGCUUGGCAUGGCAGGAAAUGAUCUCUCCGGCACACUGCCAGCAGCAUUCCUCAAUCUCAAGAGCCUCAUCCAACUGCACUUCUGCCACAACAGUUUUCAUGGAUCCAUCCCUGCAGCCCUGUUUCAGCUCACCAAUCUCACUGCUUUAAACUUCAACAAUGCAUCUUUAUCAGGAACCAUACCUUCACAGAUCAGCAACUUGGCGCAACUGGUGCAGACCAAUGGGAACACAAACCAGUUCACGGGGUCCCUGCCAGACACCAUCACUCAACUCAAGAUGCUUACGUCAUUGGAAUUGGAUGACAACCGCUUCAGUGGCCGCAUACCCCCUGGAUUUGGAACUCUGGCUGUCUUGGAGAAACUCAUUUUCAACAACAACAGCUUCUCUGGAGUCUUACCUCCUGAGCUGGGACAUUGCACUGCACUCAAGCACCUCGACCUUGGCAGCAACUCUCUGACAGGAACUGUUCCUGGAAGCUUCUCAGGCCUCACUGGCCUUACUCUCCUCGAUCUGAGCAACAACUCCCUCUCUGGCUCCCUUCCAGCUACCAUCAGCGCUCUCCCUUACAACGUAUCGGCACUUGACCUCAGCAGCAACGGCUUCACAGGAGGCCUGCCGCCAAGCAUCAGGAAGUUCAGCAGCCUUGGGUCAUUGAACGUCAGCAGCAACAGGCUCUCUGGCACUCUGCCCGGGGAAAUCAGCAGUCUAUUGGCUCUCACGUCUCUCAACACGAGUUCUAACCAGUUUUCGGGAGCCAUCCCACCCUCCCUUGAGGCCCUCAGCAGCCUCCGAUUCCUAGACCUGGGAGGCAACUCUCUCACUGAUAGCAUUCCGGAUUUUCUGAGCGUGCUUACGCUGCUGCAGAUGCUCAACCUUAGCAGCAACGCUCUCUCUGGCACUCUCUCUGCAUCCCUGGGAGCUCUGGAAGAGCUUACUUGUCUUGAUGUCAGCAGCAACCAGCUGUCGGGGUCUAUCCCAUCAACGGUCGACAGUCUCACCAUGCUCAUGCACAUGGAUGUGAGCCGGAACAGCAUCUCAGACUCCAUUCCUACCAUCAUCGGCCGGCUCACAGCCCUCACCUCCCUGAAUCUCAGCCGUUCAAGCCUCACAGGAUCCAUCCCUGAUUCUCUGACUUCACUCUCAAACCUCCUGCUCCUGGAUCUGAGCUACACUGGGGUCGCUGGGUCUGUACCAUGGGGCAUCGAUCGCCUUGGGCAGUUGGAAGCAUUGUACGGCAACCCCACCAUUGUCUGCAAUGACAAUGGCACCUGCCCUGCCCCCCCUCCGCCGCCUCCAAGCCCAUUCCCCUCAGCUGCACAGCCAGCCAAUCCCACGUCGCCAGCUGGCAGCGACUCCAGCUCCCUUGUGACUGCCAAUACCUCUGCUCCCAACACCACCUGCCAUGUGUGCCAGAGCUACUGCAUCGGGUGCUCCUCUGGUUCCGCAGAGCCCCCCAGCACGUCCACCAGCACCCUGUCACCGGGAGCCAUAGCAGGCAUUGUGGUGGCUGCACUCCUGGCUCUCAUCACCCUCACUGUCCUCCUCUGGCUCUGCUUCCGUCGAUCCGAACCCGCGUGCAAGCAGUACUCCCUGGAGGAGAUACAGCAGGCCACCAACUUCUUUUCAGAGGUCAACCUGAUCGGCUCGGGUGGCUUCAGCGACGUGUACAAGGGAGUGGACCCAAACAACCCGUCAGUUGUUUGGGCAGUGAAGAGGGCGACGAUGCUGAGCAACGACUUCAAGCGACAGGUGGCAGCCAUGGCACGUCUGCAGCACCCGUGCCUGGUGCCACUGCUGGGGUACUGCAUCGACUACAACGAGGCCAGCAAGCAGAUGGAGCAGAUCAUUGUGUCGCAGUUCAUGCCCAAUGGGGACCUCUCGCACUGGACCAAGCCAGGUGCCAAGGCAAUCUCGUUGCGCCGGCGGCUGGCGGUGCUCAUCGAUGUGGCAGGCGGGCUGAAGCACCUCCACAGCCACCGGUUCGUGCACCGCGAUGUGAAGCCAGCUAACGUGCUGCUGGAUGCACAGAUGCAGGCAAAGGUGGCGGAUUUCGGCUUCAUGCGCAUGAUGGAAGCAACCACUGUGAACCCCACGCGGGUGAUGGGCACACCGGGCUAUGUGGACCCCGAGUACCACCAGUCGCACCUUGCCACCACUGCCACCGAUGUCUACAGCUUCGGAGUGCUGAUGCUGGAGCUACUCACAGGCAGGGAGCCCAUGCUCUCAGUCAAUGGCUCUCAGUCGCACAUCCGAGACUGGGCGGCUGCAGAGCUCUCUAGCGGCGAUGUCAGCUCCAUCAUAGACCCCCGGAUGGUCUCUCCUGCUACUUCUGGCGUCAGCAUGGUGUCUGAUGACGUCAUGCAGCGCCUCAUAACCCUGGCCAUGGCAUGCACUGCCACUCCUGCUGCCUCGCGCCCCUCCAUGGCCAAAGUGCUCCCAGAGCUCAAGAAGAUCCGAGAGGAGGUAGUGAGGAGGGAGAGGGAGGGCGGAUUGGAGGAGAGUGAGUUCCCACCAGGAGUCGGAAUGGGCGUGGCAGGAGUGGGUGGGGUGGUGAAAGAGAAGUGGGAACCAGCAGCUGCAGCGUCACUGGGGAGUGUGAGUGGGAUAACUGCUAUGAGGGAUACGAUAGGCAGUUCAGAGGGGAAUGAGAGCUCCAGUGCUGGCGAGAGGACGAGUGGGGAGGCGAGUGGGAGCGUGGCUGAUUCUCACAAGUGAAUGGACUGCAUGUGAGAGUCAUCAGGGUGAAGAUGUACAUAUUAGAGAUUCUCAUAUGGAAGAACUCUUCAGAAUAUCAAUAGUCAGGACUAGGCAUCUGAAGUCGGGAGACUUGACUGACUCAUUGUUGGGCGUGCUGAUUACCUUAUGGCAAUAAGAGAUUGUCUUGGAUCCUAGGAGUCCAAAAAUCAAGAAAUAGAUGGUCUGUUUAUUCAGUGAGCUGUUAAUAAAAACAUGAGUAUUCA